ACCACCGGCCGCUCGGACUUUAUCCUUGGACCGACGUGGUCAUGUCUGCUACUUUCGUUUUGCGGUCCAGCCGACUGUCUGCGGAAGCGUUUACGAGCACUUCCCGUAGCCUUCCGUCUGUGUCAAGACUUGGGCAAACACGUGGAUAUGCACAGAAGAAAAAAGUGGCUGUGAAGCAGCAUUCGUCGGGCUUCAAGGGAAACAAGGGCAAAGAUCCGAAGGAGAAGGGAUUCAAGAAAGAGAAGAAGCACGGAACCUUCUUGACCCUGCCAGCCAACCAAGUCACCAACACUCUUUUCAAACCUGACAACCGUGUUGUGCUUGACCUUCCUACCUACUCUACAGAAGCAUUGACCAGUGCUGCGGUAGGGAAGGCUAUGGCAUUCCCCAUGUCCGAGAACGAGGCAAUACGAGCGUAUGGAGUGCCAAAGAAUCUCGUUGUAGAGUUCCGUGUGCUGUCAAAACCAUGCUCUGUGGUCCGGGAUGUCACUGUGACCGCUAUUGACACUCUGGACGAGGCAAGCUCGAAGUCUAGCCGAGAUACAAGACUCGUCAUGACCGGGCCGUCUGGUUGCGGAAAGAGUUUCCUCCUGCUACAAGCAGUAGAGUAUGCCGCACAUAAUAAGUGGAUAGUAAUGUACAUACCAAGAGCCAUUAAGAUGGUUGAUUCAUCCACUGCCUAUACAUAUGACUCGCGGACACGGACGUAUCUCCAACCGAACUUCUCAUAUGAGAUACUGCGACGGUUUUUCAGUGUCAACCAGUCGGCUCUACAACACAUGAAGUCUCGAGGAGAGCUGGUCACUGAGCUCCAAUCGCUCCCUGAGGGGACACCUCUGUCAAACUUCGUGCAAGCGGGUUUGUCGUACAAAGAAGACGCUCCUGCAGUGCUCUCCGCACUAAUGGACGAACUAUCUCGUCAGACUACCCACCCUGUGCUCCUGGCCGUCGACGAUAUUCAGGCGCUGUACAACUACACCGCUUACCGAGAUCCUCAUUACCGCGCCCUUAUGCCGCAACAUCUCUCCAUUCCCCGUAUAGUCCUUGAAUACGCAAGCGGCAAAAGGGCUUUCGCACGAGGGGCCGUCUUCGGUGCCGAGUCGACGUCGAACACUGCCUUCCAAAUGCCCCUCGAGCUUUCAGAAGCCCUUGGCAUUCCGCCCUUGCGACCUGCAGGCCCGUACGUGGCGCGAUCCAAGGAGUUGGCAGAGUACGCGCAGGGGCUGCGUAACUUCCCCGUACCCGCACAGUUGAGCGUGGAUGAGGCAGCGUCGUUAUUUGAACUUUGGAUGAAGGACAACGCACUGCAUUCUGGUGAGGUGCGAGGCACGGACGGCGAACUGCAGUCAAGGCCGAACGACGAGCUGUUCAUGACGAAGUACUGCGAGGCAAGCGGAAACCCGCGGGCGUUCGUGUGGAAGGGGCUUCUGUCAACCAUGUCCUCGUACUAGAGUCUUGUCUAGACAGGCCGCGUCAGUUUCAGCUGCGGU